GGUUGAUCCUGCUUCCGUUCUUUGCACACCCUUUAGGCACAAGGGUUUCGUUCAGCUGAAAAGGUCAGCGUAUUGCCCGUGUUUUGCGUUUUACAUUGGUAGCGUUGAGCCAUUUGUCGUGUGCCGUUCGCCGACAUUGGUCCCGAGUACUUUUUGCUUGAGUUUGUGACCACGGUCUUCUUUGUGGUUUUCCUGGGUGGCUUUUGGGGGCUUCCUUUGGAGGGCUGCGGCAAUGCCAACCCCUGACGGAGGGGAAUCCGUCAUGGAGGCUGACCUCGACGCUGGACAUGGUGGUGCUACGCCUUGAUGAAGAGGAAGAUAGCUCACAGAGGGCUUCGGAGCACUCCUGGGGUAGAUGGAGUGCGGAAGAAUGGAGAAGAUGGGAAGCUGCCUACUACACAUGGAACCCGCCGGCUGGAAUGCUGGACCUUCCAAUGGAGGCACUGUCCCUGGCUCCUCAGCUGAACAGUCCGCCUCGGCUCCGACCGCACCUAUCGGUCCUCCUCAAGACCCAUGGUGGCUUCGACAAGGUGACCCCUGGGCAGCACAUGAUGAUCGACGAGCUGGAGGACGACUCCGACCUUGAGCCCUCCGACCUGGACGAUGAGACCCAAGAGGCAUUGGUUGUGAACGACAGUCUUGACCUUGCCUUCCACGAGAACACCUAUGAGAUGGACUAUGACAUCACGCUGUACGCCAAGGAGAAGGGUGAGAUGCACCAGCCCAAGUUCUUGGCCAUCGCUGACUGUGCGCGCAGCCGGACUCUAGCUGGGGAACGAUGGAUGCAAGCGUUCUUGAAACACCAGAAGGAGCAUCGAGUCGCAGUGGUGACCUGGCUCGCCAUCAAGGAGACAUGGUUUUUGAUCAAGAUCAGCGUGGUGUCCGCAGAGGUGCCACUUUUGCUGAGCUGGCCUGCUUUGGCCGAACUUGGAAUGCAGUAUGACAUCGCCAAGGGCGUGGCCAACUUUGCACGCCUGAAUGUGCAACAGGUUUGUUUGAUCAACAGCGCGUCCGGUCACCCCCAAGUCUCUGUGAUUGGCGCCAGACCAGCCCACAUGACGUGGCCGGAGCGUGUUGAUUGGAGUUUGACUGAAGUCUAUGAACCUGCUGCGCAGGAGGCAUGCAUGGCGAGCAGCCGGGAGGAGUUGUUUUUCCCCAAGAAGGCGGAGCUGACCACAGCCCUGGUGGAGUUGGGAGUGCCGGCCGAGCUCAGAUCACUGUUGAUGGAGCAGCGGCAGGUGACCCCGACCAGUUCUCGCCUGAAAGGACUGUCGGGAAUGAAGUUGGAGGAGCUCAUCGCCAAGUGCAACGAGCUGGGGGUGCCUGUCGACUACUUGGAGUGGGCAGCGCAGGAGUGCAAGGAGAACGAGAACCACAUCCCGGACUUGGCUCGGCUUGCCAAGUGGGCAGCAUCACACCUGAAAGAAGGCAGCAGCCGGGACAAGUUCAUGAAGACGGGCUAUCGCGACCCCGAGGAGGUGGCCAAGAAGGCACCACCGGUGGCAACUCUUCCACCCAUCUGCCCUCCUACAGAAGACAGCUACGACAUCCAGUGGGAAGGCAAAGACGAAGACAGCGCCUCGGAAGAAGACUCGGGCAACGACCUGGCGGACGAGCAGAAGGAGAAGAUCGACAAGCUCGAGAAGACGGUCCAGGACCUCCAGGAGAAGUUGAACGAGGAACUCGCCAAAGGAUACUGGAAGGAACUGAACGAGGAGAUCGCCGCCAAGAAGGUGAAGACGGAGGUUGGUUCCGAGCCUAAGAUGAUCUACGAGGAGCAGGCUUUGAGGGUGGCAAGGUUGAAGGCCAUUGGCUUCAAUGUGGGCUUGGCAUGUCUUGCCCGAAUCGUUGUGCGCCCUACGAUGGAAGCAGAGGGCAGCGGCUUUCCUGAGAUGAAGGCUAUGCUCUUUGGAAAAGUACUUUUCAAUUAUCUUACCUUGCGAGUGUUAGUCUCCAAAGCUGUGGCACUUUCUUUGGGUGUUGGUGCUGGUUUGCCUUUGGGCAAGGAAGGUCCCAAUGUGCACCUGGCGGCAUGCAUAGCUCGAGUUAUAAAUCCAUCUUUCUUCGAGAAACGCGUGCAGAGUAGCCAUGGAGCUCAUGGUGCUGGUGGAAGCGGUGUCGGUUCGGCUGUCUCGAAGCUGCUCUUGGCUGCAUGCGCCGUUGGUGUUGGGGCCUCUUUCUCCGCUCCAAUCGGUGGUGUAAUUUUUGCCUUGGAGCUGAUGUUGCCUCAGACCUACGAUGCUUUUGCAUACUGGGGCUGCUUCACAGCUGGUGUUGUGGGUGCCAUCACCUACGCAGUCGAGAGGACCCUCACAACUGGUGGUGAAAGCCUCCUACCCUUGAUUAGCUCUAAUGUGCUCCCUGGUGAGGGAUCGGAUACCGAUUAUCCUAUCCUGCGGCUUGCCAUCGAUAUUGCUCUAGGCAUUCUUUGUGGUCUUGGAGGUGGUAUUUGGGUGCGUUGCCACGCCUACACAGCGGGGGUGUUGAAGAGGUGGCGAUUGAGGGAGUCGCAGCCAACAACAGCAGCCGUUGGAAAUCAAGAGCCACUUCUGGGCGAAAGCGUGGGAUGCCUAGGGAUACGUGACACGUUGAAGAGUGAACCUGUGAGACUGAGGUUGGGAGGUCGAUGGCGGGAUUUGGCAUUGGUGGCCGCGGUAACGGCACUGAACACAGUCCUGGCCUCCAGCUUGCCUCUUCUUGGUGGCAAGCCACAGCCAUUGCUCAUCUCAACAAUUUUCGACAAGACCUUGCUCUUUAGUGGUCACGACACUUGGGUGCUGCCUUGGGCCGGUGUCACUGGAACCAUCUGCCUUUGCUUUCUAAUGAAAUGGACGAUGACAAUCUUGGCCUUGUCUUCUGCCAUCCCCGCAGGAGUGGUGGCUCCUACCAUGAUCAUUGGAGGAUUACUUGGGCGCGUCUUUGGCCACGUGCUUCUGCCUGAUUGGCUUGUGGAGAUGCUUCUGACCAAAGAAGGUUGUGCUAUAGUGGGCGCCUCUGCUUUUUGUGCGGCUGUGUGCCGCGCCUUCGCUAUGGCCAUCACAGUUUUUGAGGUGUUGGCCUUGCCCAACUCAGUGUUGCCUCUCUGCAGCUCCGCCUUGGCGGCCAUCUUUGUAGCCAACAAGGUCUCCUUGCCCUUCUUCGAUGCCAACCUGGCAACCCGCAACCUCGGGGGCAUUCCUGCAAUCACCUUUACGGACAAAGCCAUUGAGCCAGUGAUGAAAGUCAUGCGCGUUGUAGACCUCAGCGAAUGUCCCAGUCUCAGGUUUUGA